AAACAGAAUUGCUCCGAAAGAUCAUUUGAGAGCAUUUCCACCCGCAGAAUCCCAAAAUGAUCGCCUAAAGCCCCAAAGAGAGUGGAAAACCGUGAAAAUGUGGACUUCGAAGGUCAGGCUAUUCUUCCCCCGCAGCAUUUCUGUCAGAAAAAUGGCUACUGUGAAGAGGUUCUACAGGAGAACUAAUAUUCUGGGCAGCGGGGACAGGUUCGAGAUCACUUUGGACCAGAGGAAGCUGAAGACCCCCAAGGGGAAUGUCUUCGAGGUGGCCAGCAAACCUCUGGCUCUGGCUGUCGCUAUGGAGUGGGAGAGCCAGGAGGAUACCAUCAACAGGAGCAAUAUGCAUCUGACAGCUCUCUGCAGUACUUUAUUAGACAAUCCCCACCAGCACAGUAGAAUGGACAUCGUCAACUACAUCUCAAACUAUCUAGAAACAGACACUGUUUUAUUCCAGUCAGACGACACAGAAGAGUUAUUCCAAAUGCAAACGGAGAAGUGGGAUCCGAUAAUCCAGUGGUUCUGCGACAAGUACCAGGUCGACAUCACAAAGACCACCAGCAUUAGCCCCCCCAUCAUUCCUCAACAGACCAAGGAGACUUUGACGAGGCAUUUUGCUUCUUACGAUUAUCCAGCGUUAAUAGGGUUCAUGUAUGGAGUUGAUGUUCUCAAGUCAGUGAUUUUGAUGAUGGCUGUCUGCGAGAGGUUCAUCAAUGUGCAGAAUGCUGUCAGUCUAGCUAGAUUAGAGGAAGAAUUUCAAAUUUCACACUGGGGGAAAGUAGAGUGGUCCCACGACCUCAGUAAAAACGACCUCCAGGCUCGACUCUCAGCAGCUGUUUUAUUCAUCCACCUCAAUACAUCAUCAGUAACAUCGAAACCGAAGAUGGAGAGCACGUGAAUUGUAAAUAAUAUUAUAAAAUCUAGACAAGUAUAAAAACAGAAUUAUUGAACAGG